UCUCUCUCUCUCUCUCUCUCUCUCUCUCCACUUUACACACUCCCCUUUCUUCUUCCUUACACUGGCUCGAAAAUGGAGUAGAGAGAGAGUAGUGAGAGAGAGAGAGAGUGCUAGGGUUUCCGUACUCGUCGGGUUACGCCUCGCAAGUUCCCAGAUCUACGAGGCUUACAUUAUAGGAGAGAACACAUCGCAAGAUGGGGAAAUCACCUGCGAAAUGGAUCAAGACACUGCUUUUUGGCAAGAAAUCAGCUAGAUCUCAUUCGACAAAAGGAAGGAAUUCUUCGUUGCAGAAGGCUGGAGAUGACAAAUGUCAUAUUGGGGGAAAAGAACCUGCUUCUGCUGAGAACUCUCCAGUGAUCUCCGAACCAGUACUCGUGAGCGCUCAUAACAAUGCAGCAAUACCGUCACUAGAAAAGGAAGCGCCUUCUUAUUUACAUGGUGAUGGAGCAGAUAUUUCAGCUGUAAACCAAGACGUUGACAAACAAAGUGUUUCUGGAAUUGAUGAAUCGAAAGAUCCUGAAAGAUUGAGGGAAGAGCAGGCUGCUAUAAAGGCACAAGCUGCCUUCCGAGGUUAUCUGGCACGUAGAGCUUUUCGUGCUCUGAAAGGUAUUAUAAGGCUGCAAGCCCUGAUCCGUGGACAUCUUGUUAGGAGGCAAGCUGUUGCAACUCUUUGUGCUAUGCAUGCAAUUGUAAAGCUGCAAGCUGUAGUUCGUGGAAGAAUUGUUAGACACUCCAGUAUCGCUCUUGAAGUCAGUACAAUGUUUUUGCCACAGAAAACUCUGAAUGCUAAACCUUUGGAUACUUGGAAAGGGCGAUUCUCCUCAAAUAAGUUUGUUCUGAGGCUUCUAUCUUCAGUAGCUGUUACAAAGGCACUUCAAAUCCUUUAUGAUGAAAAGGAUCCCAAUUCAGUGUUCAGCUGGCUGGAGAGAUGGACGAUCACACGAUUCUGGAAGCCAAUUCCCCCACCUAAGAAGAACGUUGAAUCAAAAUUACAUACCAAAAGACCCAAUUAUGCUAUGGAAACAGAAUCGGGCAAAUCAAAGCGUGUUAUAAGAAAAAAUCCAGUUGAGUCUGAUCAAUUGAACGGAAAUUUGGAGGCCGACAAAGUGAAAAGAAACCCUAGAAAGUUCUCUAGCUCUCCUGCUGAGUCUGCGCCAGAAAGUCCACAGACUGAGCUUGAAAAGGUUAAACGCAAUCUAAGAAAGGUUUCAAACUUAAUGAAGGAGGAUUCUGACCAUCCAAAGGUGGAAAGCGAGAAGCCAUCUCAGACUAUACAAGAAGUGUCAAGCUCCAUUAAUGAUACUAGCAUUCCAGAAAAGAGCAAUGGUGAUUUAUUAAAGGAAAAGAAAGAAUCUACUCCAAGUCCUGAAACAAAGCCUGAAGUGGAAAAUAUUUGGAAAUCGGUAACAGAGGAUGUUCAGUUCGGUGCAGCAACUGAUGUUUCCCUAGAAGUUGAAAUACAACCAUUACAGAGCAUCGAAAAUGAAGAGAAUGCUAUGGUAAUUACUAAUGGGGAAUUAAGCUCUAAGGAAGAACAACAACUACCUAGUUCUGAAAGCCAGAAAACCAGGAGGAGGAGGUCUUCGAUCGCGACUAAGUUGGAUUAUCCUGAAAAUGGUGUAACUAAUUCUCCGGUUUUGCCUAGCUAUAUGGCUACAACGGAAUCUGCAAAGGCAAAACUGCGGGGGCAAAUCUCACCUAGGUUUGGCUCGGAUUCGGGGGACAAGAGUGGAAUCACACGUCGCCAUUCUCUUCCGUCCUCGAAUGGGAAAAUGAAUUCGUACUCGCCGCGCACACAGAGGCCUGGCCAAGUUAGCGGCAAGGGGGGAAUAAAAGGUGACAGGUCUCUGUUGUCGUCAAGAGAUGGGAGUGCAGAACGGCCAAUCCAGGUUGAAUGGAGACGCUAAGAUGUUCAGCGACGGGAUCCACAAAAAGCGCUUCCGAAUUUGGUAUUUAGAAAAGAUCCUCACCUUUACUUUGAUAUCUGAAGAUAGAGCAAUUUAAGUUUAAUGGAGACCUAGGUGUUAAAGGAAAGGAAAAAAAGCAAAAAAAAAAAGAGGACUCCGAAAAAUGCUUUUCUAAGUAGCUGAUAUUUAGGGGUUUGCCUGCGAACCUGUUGUCUCUCUCUCUGUUGUUUGAUUCUGUGGUGUAAAGCUUCUGAUUGCCAUCCAUGACUCCUGAAGGUUUCUUCUGUGAACUAAAGGUUGUGGUGUGUUCUGAUGAUGGAAUUUGAUUUUUACUAUGUAGGGCUUGUAUUGUGUUUGCGUGCGUUAUGUAUAGCUUACAACUGCUUCUCGUUUGUUUUGACUGUAUUUAUCUGAACCCUGUUUUGGUAAGAGAGACUCCCUGAUACCAGAAAAUGUGUCCCCUUUAAAUCUGAAUCUCAUUUUAUGCUGUUCUUUUA